AUAAUAAUACCUCCUUGACUUUUUCCAAAAAUUGAACAUGCACCAUGUCUAUAGUGGCUUUGAGUGUAAGUUGUUAUUUCAUCCUGAAGAGCUGACCUCCACGGUUCGGCUACAGGAUCUGGUUCAUAAGGUUCAUAAUCUUGCGCCUCCUUCCUAAGAUGAUCGUAUUUAAAACUCUGCUUACUACGAGCAUCGUAAAACCUUUGUGCACCUAGAUCAUUGUGUUCUGUUAUAAGUGCAGGAUACUCGCUGCCUUCAAUCUGAAAUCAAGCAAAGAAGAACUUUGUGAAUAUAAUGCAAGAUUCUUACGUGAUCGUGUAACAUUUGCUCACAGAAUAUUCUUGUAAUAGUUCGGUGUCUAACCUUAACUGGGAAAAACUGACUCAACUGCGAGGUGCACUCUGCUUCAAAGUAACAAAACGAAGCAAUAACAAAAUCGCGAGAAAAUAAAUUAAAAAUCGAUUUUGAAUAUUUUCUGUGAAAAAACCACCAGGAAGUGUAACUAAAAUUAACCCUACAGCGCCAUACGAUUUCGAUCGAAAUAUCACGACAAUUUUCACGGUGGAACUUCCUCAUACCAAAUUGACGAUACUUUAAGUAAACAAUCACACCAACCAGAUGAACAUUAUCGCGCUCCAAUUUCACUAUAAAGUCAACGUCACCUGUCGAAAUCCCGGACGCGUGUCGCCCCAUUAGGAACUGUACUGGACGUUGAAAUUUGAUCCCGCGCGUUCCUGAGAUACCCUGAUCUACGAUUACCACAAAUACGGGACAACACCGCGGAUACUAUCAUAAAAAAUCGUAGAAGAUCGCCAGAGAGGUCGAUGAUGUACCUUAACAGGCGUGAGCUGAUCCUUGUUGUAUUGAGCAAAUGCCCCGGACGCACCCUCCUUCAACAGGUUGUCGUUGUUCAACAAGACCCUCACAUCAUUGAAAACCUCAUUGAAUUCGCCCGGUGGCGAGUGUAGUAUAAAGUCCGAAACUAUUCGUACUUUUUCUUGAUCAGGAAUCACAUCUCCGUCCGCCGCCAUCUUACCUUUCCACUAGCACGCACACUCCGCGAUGUCAAACCAAGGUUAGUGCAGUGCAGGUUGUACCGGCGUAUCGAAGCACUGCCCCAUAUACCCGGUGACGCAUCACAAACGGGACACGUAAUCCAUGAUUGACUCUAGAAAUCACAGUUUCCUUGUUUCCGUCCUUAAAACAAUUUCUAUUUUAUGAACCUUCGUGUACAACAGAUAUAUUUUCUAGCAACUUCUUAUCGCACAUAUCUUUCGUAGAUGCCUCGUAAUUGCUCGCGAGAUUGCAAUUACAUACUUCAUGCACGAUAAUUUAUAAAUUGCACAUGACAAUUGUUGCAUGAGUAGAGAAACGAAUACAUACAUAGACUUUGUAGAAUAUUUGCAUCACGUGGAAAGAAAAAUUACGAGAAAUGACAUUCUGAUAGAAGGAGGGAUAAAAGAAUAAACUGUAGAUAGUUCCUGAGGAGAAUUAUCAUCGUCCAAGAUAAUCACUGUGUUCAACGAACCUUGGCGAGCAUAACCCUCGAAUAGCAUUCGUGGUCUCUCGUGCUCGUUCUCAGCCAGGCGUGGUUCUGGUGUUUGCCGAUAUCGCGUUUUAUCAGGAUAUUUCUGUCCGUCCGUGUAAAGUACCGACCGUACGGGGGAAUCAUGCUUUCCAUUACAUUGAAAGUUCGCCGCCGGGUAUCUUGGUUAGCCCGCCAAAAUUUGAACCGCUCUCGAAACGAAAAAGAAAUGGGGUUCGAGUUCGAGGUGUAAUCGUACCGCGCAUUCGCGCCCGAGAUACGUGGACUACCAUAUAUGGCAAUCUAACCGUUCAUUCAACUCGAAAUCUGAAAUAUUUUAAAUCCACAUGUACGCGGACUGAAAGUUCAAUGGCAGAACUUUGACAAAUUAUGAGAGUGAUUGUAAAAUCAAGCAAUCAUUAUUGAUUUUACCGAGCUGACCGUGCAAUUCAAUUUCGCAGUAACAUCUCGCGAAAAUAGUAGGAAUUUGAAUACAUGGCGGACGAUCCAAAUCGAGACAUUUUGCCCGUGAAGGACGGUUCCUUCGCGGAUACUUCCAGAAGUAGCAUAGACCCCAGGGAACGGCACUCGGUUUAUAAGCUCGACCGUUACGUGCUGGAGGACAAGUAUUUGCGUCUGCUCGACGAGGUGACCAGUUUGAAGAAACUGUCAAAUUGUCAAGAGGACAAGAUCAAACGGUUGGCGACAAAGUUGAUGAGAGUGAUCGCCAAUCCAAGGGCAACACCGGGAUGUUUGAAUACUUUCGACGAUAAGAAUAGAAUAAUCUCUCUUGAACUAGAAAAUACUAAGUUGAAAGAUAAAAUCGCAGUGCUGAGGAAUCAACUGUUGAGUCAUACGAUACACAGUAGGACGUCGUCAAGAAGUCGUAAUCCCCAAACGAGGCCGUCGUCCGCACGCACAACGAGUCAAAGCGACAGCAGCCGCACCAAGAUACCCUCCUGUCAUUGCAUCGUCCAAACAGCUAAUGAUGACGACGUUAACGAAGCGCGAAAUAAAUUCCAGGAACUGGAGAUUGAAAAGAAAGAGAUGGCGAAUCGCAUAGAGGAGCUGGAGAAAGAGCUCUCGUGCCGUACCGUCUGCAACCAGAGGGAGAAAGUAGCGGAGAAUGUCGAGUACAUUAGAUGCUGGCGGCAAAUGAAGCAGAUGAACGAUAAACUAAUAGCCGUCGAGCACACGAACGAGUCGUUGAACGCGCAAACCAACGAUCUGAGGAGGAUGCUUCAGGAGGCGACAAAGAACAGCGAGGAGACAACGGCAGCACUCCUGGAAGAACGGAAGCGGUCAACCGAGUUAGACGAGGAAGUGUUGAAGGUGAAGAACUGCGAGCUUGCCCUGCGAGAGAAGGAUGAGCAGAUAAGGGACCUAAUGAACGAGAUAAAGAUACUGCAGCAGCACAACAACGAAUUGAUCGCAUUGAGUUCGAAGAACGGCGAGGUCGAGCUCGAGAACGCAGAACUGAAGAAAAAGAUCAGCGAGCAACGGCAGGAUCAAGAAAGUUUGCGGUCAGCCUAUAAUAGCGAGCAGGCUAACAUUAUAGCUCUGCAGGCCUCGAACACGCAGCUGCUUGCGAAGCUUGAGGAACUUCAAAAGACUAUAGACAGUUUAACGGUACAGUUAAUGUCCUUCCAAAGCCAAACGGAGAAGCAGGAAACACUGAGAGCGACGUCGAUACCAGCGGAGCAGGCAGAUAACAUGAUUUCGUCAGCGCUUGAUAGAGAACCGCAAAAAUUCUCUUCCACCCAGAUAGCACUGUGCACUAAGUGUUGCGAACUGACCGAAGAUGUACAACUCCAGGAAAAAAUCUACGUGGGUGUAAAGCACCCUAUUGCCCAAUCUGCAGAUAAACACGUGCAAACAGAAUACGUCGUUCAAAUAGUCACCACGGAUAAAACGAGUCAAAGCGACAGCAGCCGCACCAAGAUACCCUCCUGUCAUUGCAUCGUCCAAACAGCUAAUGAUGACGACGAACUGGAGAUUGAAAAGAAAGAGAUGGCGAAUCGCAUAGAGGAGCUGGAGAAAGAGCUCUCGUGCCGUACCGUCUGCAACCAGAGGGAGAAAGUAGCGGAGAAUGUCGAGUACAUUAGAUGCUGGCGGCAAAUGAAGCAGAUGAACGAUAAACUAAUAGCCGUCGAGCACACGAACGAGUCGUUGAACGCGCAAACCAACGAUCUGAGGAGGAUGCUUCAGGAGGCGACAAAGAACAGCGAGGAGACAACGGCAGCACUCCUGGAAGAACGGAAGCGGUCAACCGAGUUAGACGAGGAAGUGUUGAAGGUGAAGAACUGCGAGCUUGCCCUGCGAGAGAAGGAUGAGCAGAUAAGGGACCUAAUGAACGAGAUAAAGAUACUGCAGCAGCACAACAACGAAUUGAUCGCAUUGAGUUCGAAGAACGGCGAGGUCGAGCUCGAGAACGCAGAACUGAAGAAAAAGAUCAGCGAGCAACGGCAGGAUCAAGAAAGUUUGCGGUCAGCCUAUAAUAGCGAGCAGGCUAACAUUAUAGCUCUGCAGGCCUCGAACACGCAGCUGCUUGCGAAGCUUGAGGAACUUCAAAAGACUAUAGACAGUUUAACGGUACAGUUAAUGUCCUUCCAAAGCCAAACGGAGAAGCAGGAAACACUGAGAGCGACGUCGAUACCAGCGGAGCAGGCAGAUAACAUGAUUUCGUCAGCGCUUGAUAGAGAACCGCAAAAAUUCUCUUCCACCCAGAUAGCACUGUGCACUAAGUGUUGCGAACUGACCGAAGAUGUACAACUCCAGGAAAAAAUCUACGUGGGUGUAAAGCACCCUAUUGCCCAAUCUGCAGAUAAACACGUGCAAACAGAAUACGUCGUUCAAAUAGUCACCACGGAUAAAACAGAGCAAGCGACAUCGACGAUGAAUACCGUGAAAGAAACAGUGGAGAACGAUAUCGAAAGAAAUCCAUUGACUCCGGAGAAAAUGCUGGAGUUACUGGAACAAGCUCAAAUCCCUAUACCCACGGAUGCGUCAAGAUUUGGUCACAAGGAGAUGGCCAACAAUGUUAACUGCAACGACAUCCUGGACCUGAAUAGGCACAGCGAUGCGGUAAGACUCGGUGAAGAAAUCCCAACUUUCCGAGCCCAAACCGACCACCAGAAUUACGAUAGCCAUGCGUGUCCCACAAAGUGGCAAUUACCCGAUACCGAUAAAAUGAUGUCUUUUUUAUUUAAUGUUUUCCAAGAGCUUUCUUUAUCGGCCAAAGUGCUCGACGAGGCCAACAGUUUGUAUCGUCCAGCGAUAAGAAACGAUCAGCUUGACAGUAACAAUAACAUUAAUAUGACGGGCCCUCGAGCUCCAAAAAGCGAUCCUGGGAGAUUUCAACAGACUAUGUCUCACACUAGUGGAGCGGACAUCAUGAGUGGGAAAAGUAGAGGCUUCAGAGUGUCACGAGUUGGUUGUAGUUCGAGGAAAUACUGUACGAGAGGUUGCAGCAGGUCACACCAGAAUAAAUCGAAGAGAAAAGGAUGUUUUCCGACUGCGAAGAGGAGUUUACAAACUACAGAAUUUGUCGAGAAUAGUCUUUGCAACUGCAGCAGCUCGCUUGGAUGCAACAUUCGCUCCAAUUGCGAUUAUCGUUGUUGCAACGGCGAUAAUCAACACGACUUGCCACCGAUGGUCAUGAAAAGAGGCACUGAACAGGUGCCUCCGAUUAGGAACAACGUUGUUAAUUCUACAGUUCCUAGUAAGAACGGGCAGAACGGAGUCGGCGCAAUACACUCGCCACGUAAGCUACUGGAUGAGGAUAAAAGGGGGUCGUACAGAUCGAGGGACAUGAACAACCGUUAUUCAGGGGUGGAGAACGAGGGAUUGGAUGACGCAGCAACGUUGCAGGAGUAUAUGACUGAGCUGGAUUGGUGUAAACAGCUUAUCGACAAGCAUCCUGCUACAAAUGGUCCGUGCGGAAUCCCAGUGAAAGCAAUAACGAAAGCCUUAGAACAUCCGCGAUGCUGCGGUGAGGUAUCCACUCCGGAGUCCAUGUGUAGUGUCAAUUGUCCUGGAGAUUGCGGUGAUAACGUCAGUUCGGUAUCCGAUCCAUUUCCGAUGGUGAUACCUGAUGGUCAGGGUUUGAUGGAACUCCAUGUCUCGUCCCUUCAACUUUCAACAUCUGCGAAAGAAAUCCUUUUUCGGGAGGUCGACAUAAACAACGUUUCCGUGUUUAUAUGCUGGGACAUAUGGGACCAGGAAACAGCUUGCACGCCUACGCUCAAGUGUCCCGAAUUGAACUUCAACUUCUCCAUAGUUUAUCGCAUCCCUGAUCUUUUUUGCUUCUUCAACUACGUCUUCUCGGAGCUCGUGAUAUUUCAUGUGCUCGUCCACUGCGACGACGGCACCAGCUAUUCUGUAGCGUCAGGGAAACUUAGCAUCAAGGAUAUAUUAGACUAUCCGCAGAACAAACUGCACUAUGUAGCACCAAUGCACAGUGUGUUCCCUUGUUCGGUAGGCAUGAACUUCGGACAAUUAUCUUUGUGGGUCAGAUUGAGCUGCGACGUCGAGCAUGUCGAGACGUUCAAGAAAAAGCUCAAUUUACCGAUGCAUCCUGAUCCCGGGUCACCGAUGCCACCAAGCCAGUCCCCACCGAUGCGCACAUCGCUAUCUCCAGUUUAUCAAUCACCCACGAAGAUUCAUACUACGCCGCCCCUACAGUUGCAGAACGAUUUCACGUUUGACAAUACCGGAGAUGCGAUGUUCAAGAAUAUGUCUUCUUACAUCAGCACAUCAAAUGGAUCGCAACAUCAGGACCGGCAUUAUGAACAUCCUUUCACCGACGACGAUCCGUUGACCGUAAUGAAAGAGAGCGGAUCAGAGUUUCACUUGACCUCUUCACCCAGGCAAGCAGUAACAAAAAAGGAGAUUAUCACGCUAGACGAUGAAAAGGGAGAUUCCCGGACUGAGCAGGACGAUGUGUAGUCGUUCGUAAUUUUGCGUCGUCAUUUCGAUGUUGUAUGUUUCUUAUCAUUGAAAGACACGUUGCUGUUUAGGGAUCUUUCGAACGGUACGCUGAUGAACGAGACGGAGGAUCGAAUUCCCGUUAUGACGACAAGCGUACGCGAGUUCAAUAAAAUAUUGAAGAGCGGCGCGAGCGAGCCGCAAGUUGCCAAGGAUGACUCCGAUGAUUCGAUGCAAGAAGUGAACAAUGUUUUAUUGGAAAAGAACUGGCAGCAGUACCGGCGACGAAGUUUUGAUUACAAGCAACGUAAUAUGUUUAAACAUGAAAUUAUAGAACAAAACCAAAAAGAGAACGAUCAGAAAACUAACGGAAACGGGAUACACGAAAGCGAAUCCAUCGAGGACAACACGAUAAUCAUUGAGAUCGUGAACGUAAUUCUGUUCCCAAAAUGUUCUGUGUCGGAAAAUCCCGAAAUACAACUUCUCUACGUCGAGUAUUGCUUCCUUGGGUAUCACGGAGCCGAUAUGGAGACGAUCUCGGUGAAAAAGCCUACGCCACCUGAACAAAAGUUGACGUAUAACUUCCGGAGAACGUUCAGAGUGGACCCGAAAAAACACCGGUCACAAGACAACAUACUGAGGGAGAUGGUGAACGAAAUUGCGGAUACGAAAAUAAAAUUCAUUCUUGUCUGCGAGCCCGUUCCCGAGGAAAUCGAGUCGAAGGAGUGCAUAGAAGUUGGGUACGCAUACUUCGACAUACGGAAGUACGCGUUGGAGAAAAGUGAAACGAUUUCGUCCGUUCCGAUAUACACUCCAGACGAAUCGGAACAAAUUGGCCUCAUAAAGAUAUUAGUGCUGGGUCUCGACACGAUACGCCAGCGUUUAGAAAGAGCCAAUUCCGAGGAGUAACCGUGAAAAAUCUUGUCUAUGUCCAUGUAGCCGCAUGCCAACGGAAAACUGAACAUUUCUGUUGUGCCCGACGAACGGUGUCGUUUCAAUGACCAUUAAAAAUCACAUAAUGAAAA